AUGAAAACUUCAACACAUGCACGGACUGACCUCCGUUCCAGGACUUUGAUUUCGUGCAAUCAGUCCGCCGCAUUCUUUCGACGAGAUAAGAACAUGUCACUCGAGCAGCAGGAGCAAGAUCCGUCUUCGUCGUCAUCAUGGGUGGAAGAGACGAGGAAGGGAUGCAUUCCGUCGUCUGCCGUGGCGAAGCAGAGGAAUGAAAUCCUGUACGAGGGUCACUUUUACGACGUCACGAACUGGAUUGAUCGCCACCCGGGAGGCAAGAUUAUCCAGUUUUACACGGCUCCAGGGGAAGAUGCCACUCUGGCAGUGCAGCAGUUUCACAACCGCUCCCUCCCGAAGACCUUGGCCAUUAUGAGAGGACUUCCAAGGAGGAAGGCGACCCCAGAAGACCUCGCGAACCAUGGUGCAGCCACCCAGCAUUCGCGCCACAAAGCAUUGAGUGAUGACUUUGCCCGUCUGGAAAGUGAGCUGAGAGAGGAGGGGUUUUUUCUGCCCAGUUGGAGCCACACCCUCUUCCGCCUCCUGGAACUGAUUGCUCUCCAAGUGACGGCCAUCUGCUGUUUGACCUCCGCGUCGGCCUGGCUUCAAGUGGGGGGCAUCCUCCUCUCGGCCCUCUAUGCGGGAAGGUGUGGCUGGUGGAUGCAUGAAGGAGGACAUCAUUCCAUCACGGGUCGCCCACGGCUGGACCGGUUCAUCCAAUCAAUGGUUUAUGGUCUUGGCGACGGGAUGUCAGCACGAUGGUGGUCAUCGCAGCACAAUCGUCACCACGCCAUGCCCCAACGUCUCCAUGCAGACGUGGACUUGGAGACACUGCCCCUACUCGCCUUCAACAAAAAGGUGAUGGAGGAUCGACCCACUUCCAACUUCUUUCUCCGCCACCAGUCCAAACUCUUUGUUCUUGUGGACACGUUUCUGGUGGCCAUCUUUUGGAAGGUGUACCUCCAUCCACGUUACGCCUGGAGGAAAGGGGCCUUCUCCGACCUCUUCUUCAUGUCGGUUCACUAUUGUCUCAUUCUCCCAUUCGGGCUGGUCAACUAUGUCGUCGCCGUCUGGCUGACGUCAAACUACAUCUUUAUCAAUUUUGCUCUGAGCCACACCCACAUGGAAGUCAGCACUCAAAGUCUCCACUGGGUCGAGUAUAGUCUUGCCCACACGACUGAUAUCGAGCCCAAUUGGUUCGUGGACUGGUGGAUGGGGAUGCUUAACUAUCAAAUUGAACACCACCUUUUUCCAACUAUGCCUCAAUUCCGACACGCACAAGUGCGACCCAGGGUUGAAGUGUUGGCGAGAAAGCACGGUCUUCCCUUUCACUCCAUGUCAUACUGGGCGGCGAUGAGAAAGACUUUUUCCAAUUUAGAAAAAGUGUCGCAACAGCUCAAGGCGGCGGAGGAGGAGGAAGGAGAAGAGUGACCAAACAUCCACCAAUAUUGGUUUGGUGGACAAUCAAAAGAAAGCAGAUCUGGUCGUGAAGACAUGAAUAUUCUAAUAAUCUGAUCUGUACAAAUACACAAAUUAUAUAGUCACCACACAAUAAACAAUUUAUUAUCUCA